AUGCCCGCAGCCAUGCUCCCCUACGCUUGCGUCCUGGUGCUUUUGGGAGGUAGGUGCUACCCUCCCCCACCGGCGUCGCCGCCUAAGCCUCACCCGGCCGGCACCUGCCUCACCUCCAGGCUCUUCCUGGGCCCUGUGUGCGGUAAGCCGUUCCGGCACCGCGUGCGCGCUCGCAGCACGCUGACCUCCAGGCACUCGGAGCAGCUCCUGGUGCCGGGCCCUGGGGUGGCUGGGACCUCCAAAAAAAUUCAGGAGGAUCCCAGGCCCACUGAGACUCCCUCGGCAAGUGCCACCCAGCCUCUGCCCGAGGAGCCCGAGGGCAGCGAGGCUCCCCCUGGAGGCCCCCUCCUUGUACCUCCCUUCAGCAAACCGGACCAGAACACCUCCACUUAUCCGCUGGGUCCUGUGUCACCGAGCCUUCGGGGUGGCCCUGGCUCAGAGCAUCAGGCCCUGAGCCCUUGUCGAAGCAUCUUUGCCACCCCGUGGGCCUCCGUCUUCGCCAAAGCCAAGGUGAACGGAGGGAGCCCGGGGGCCCUCGGCUGGAGGCCGGGUCUGGACGAGGCGGUGCCGGGUUUCACCCGGGGCCGCCCAACCGCCCCGGCCAAAGCUCAAGAGGGCCCCCUUGUGGAAGCUCCCGAGAACAGCCCCGCGACCUCCUCCCUGAGGCCUCCGAGCCCUGCCCUGGCCCCGCUGCCGGCCUCACGCCUCAGCCUGACCCCACCACACGCAUCCCGAGCGAGUACCACGGUGAUCCGGGGCCGGCCGGGUCCCACACGUGGGGAUGGACGACACCCGGGCCUGGCGCCGCGGAGGGACCACGAAGCGAGUGGCCACAGGCGGCGGGUGCAGGGCCGGCGGCUCCAGGGGCAGAGGUCAAGCAGAGCCUGGGCUCCUGCCCACACUGCAGAGGCAGCCGGGAUGGCAGAGGGUAGCCGCCUGCGCUGGGGACCACGCUGCCAGCGGCUCCUGCCCAGCAGAGCGUCCGUCACCGCACUGCUGCCCCCACGCCUGGACGGGCCCUGGAUCUCCACUGGCUGCGAGGUGCGCCCGGGACCCGAGUUCCUCACCCGCUCCUACACCUUCUAUCCCAACCGCCUCUUCCGCGCCUACCAGUUCUACUACAGGGACCCCUCGUGCCGGGAGCCCGCCCACUCACUGCUCAUCAAGGGCAAGCUGCGCCUGCGCCGGGCCUCCUGGGUCACCCGGGGCGCCACCGAGGCCGACUACCACCUGCACAAGGUGGGCGUCGUCUUCCACAGCCGCCGCGCCCUGCUCGACGUGGCCGGCCGCCUGGACCAGAGCCGGACCGGCCGGGCCUGCGCGCGCCGCCUGCCCGCCGCCCGGACCUGGAUGCCGGGGGCCCUGUACGAGCUGCUGGGCGCCGGGGCUGAGCGGGACUGCGCGGCCGCCCUGGGCUUCACCAUGCACGAGCUCAGCCUGGUCCGCGUGCAGCGCCGCCUGCAGCCCGAACCCCGGGACUCGCCCCGGCUGGUGGAGGAGCUCUACCUGGGGGACAUCCACACCGACCGGGCCGAGCGGCUGCACUACCGGCCCACCGGCUACCAGCGCCCGCUGCAGAGCGCCCUGCACCACGCCCGCCCCUGCCCGGCCUGCGGCCUCAUCGCCCGCUCCGACGAGCAUCGCCCGCCCGUGCUGCCCCGCCAGGAGGCCCUGCCCCUGCGCCUGGCCGGCCGCUGGGUCAGCCCCGGGUGCGAGGUGCGCCCUGCCGUGCUCUUCCUCACCAGGUUCUUCACCUUCCACGGGCACAACCGCUCCUGGGAAGGGUAUUACCACCACUUCUCGGACCCCACCUGCCGGCAGCCCACCUUCACCGUUUACGCAGCCGGCCGCUACACCAAGGGCACGCCGUCUGCCAAGGUUCGCGGCGGCACCGAGCUGGUGUUCCAGGUCACGCGAGCCCGCGUCACCCCCAUGGACCGGGUCACCACGGCCAUGCUCAACUUCUCCGAGCCGGGCAGCUGUGGCGGCCCGGGGGCCUGGUACCUGGGAGCCGAGCGGGAUGUCACGGCCACCAACGGGUGUGCGCCGCUGGGCAUCAGGCUCCCCCACGAGGAGUACGAGCUCUUCAAGAUGGAGGAGGACCCCCUCGGGCAAAGCCUGCUCUUCAUCGGACAGAGGCCCACCGACGGCUCCAGUCCCGACACCCCGGAGAAGAGGCCCACAUCCUACCAAGCACCCCUGGUGCUCUGUGACAGGGGGCCCUGGGGCUUCUCCAGGCCUCUGCUGCAGACGCCCGCCAGCGACGGCGCCUCGGGACACUCGUCCGACCCCAUGGACUCCCUUCUGGCACCGACUCCUCCACCCGCGACCGCCCUGGACAGUUACACAGCCCGGCCUGCGUCCCAAGUGGCUCGGCACCUGAGUCUCAACAGCACCUGCAGAGUCUACACCCCGGCCGGCAACUCGAAUCACGACCACAGACUCGGGCAUCGCAGCACCGUCAACUGCCGUGAGCUCCGAAGUGCUCACUCCCGACUGUCCGGGGCAGCGCGCGGACCGGCGUCCGCACACCCGUCUCCCUGCCCCACGGCAGCCCAGUUCCCUCCCUGA